AAAAAAAAACAUUCGCACGAGGCUGAACAUCAAAAUUAAAUAUUGAACUUAAUUGAAAUAAAAGGCGAACAGGCAAGCAGGCAACAGCAACAGCAUGACGGAAACCGAGCCAGAGGUUGAGGUCAACGGCACCGAGGCCGAGGACGAUGCCCAGGAUCAGGACAUCAAGCAAAAGAAGCAAACGCGUCACGAUGGCGGCGCCGCCGACUUGGAACGUGUCACCGACUAUGCCGAGGAAAAGGAAAUCUCUGCCGCAAACAUAUCGAGCGCGGUGGAACAGUUUGGCAAUCAGCGCAGCAAAGAGAACGAGCUGAGAGUGGCCAAGGAGAAGGAGCUGCAAAAGGUGCAGGUGAAAAAGGAGGAUAUUGAACUGAUUAUGAAUGAGCUGCUUGUUAGCAAGACACAGGCCGAAAAGGUGCUCCGCGAGCAGAGCGGAGAUGUUGUUGCUGCCCUGGAAGCCAUCAUCAGCAAUUGAAUGAAUUGCCGGAACCGGUAGAUGGCGCCACUUAGCAUAACACUGCUUUAUUUGUACAUUUAUAAACUAGUAAAGAGAAAAACAAAUUUUUAACAACAAAUUUUGAGCUCGGAACCGGGCUUAAAAGGGGAGUCAAGAAAACAAGGUUUCAUAGUUUGCGCAUAUAUUUCAAGUUUAUUCAUAUUUUCUGCAAUGAAAACCAAAAAAAAAAAACAAAAUUGAGCGGAUUCCCAAUAUCCGAAUAUGAAAAAGGAAAGAUUUAACUUUU